AUGAAGCAUAGAGGGGAAAAUAAUAAGAGAGACAGCGAGAUUGAGGAAUUGAAGCGCCAAGUCACAGAGCUUCAAUCCCGCCUUGAUGAAUUUGAAGGGGAGAAUUUGGACAAAUCAGGCCCCAGCCAAGCAACACAUAAGCUCUUCUUUAUUGAUAAAAUACUUCCAGAUUUUCAGGAGUCCCUAUUUCGUGUUGGUGCCGACAAGAAAAAAGGUGAAAACAAGAAGCAGGAACUGGGUUACAUAAAGAGCUUCAUUCAGUUUAUGUGGGGCUCUUCAUCUGACACAGCACCUGCUCACUUGAAAUUCCUGAAUGAACCAAGCAAAUUAAAUGAUUGGGUGAAGGUUUUGACAGAAAAAUUUAAAGUCACGACCUGCAAAAAUUAUCUCAUUUCCGUUUGCAAGUUUUUUGAAUUUCUAAUUGAGAGACGGCCAAGCUCUGUACGGCUUGGCCAAAAAAUUUUAGAGGGUCUGUUGAGGCAUUUAAAAAUGCAGAAACAUUCCCUAGCAAAAAAGAUAGUAGGGCACCGGCAACAUGUUAAAGAGCUCAAAACAAGGAAGAUGCCUACCAGAAACGACCUGCGUGAGCUAAUCACGACACUACGGGGCCGAAUUCCAGAAUUUCUUGAUGAACUAUCUGAAGACCCCAGUUGCAUAAACACAAGAAACGAGGCAAUAGGCGCACUGGCAACGUAUAUAUUUAUCUGUACUGGGCACCGUGUGAGUGUGCUCGUAAACCUCACACUAACUGAAUUUAAUGAGUGCCAGGAGAUAGAUAAUCUAUAUGUCAUCAACGUGUCCAGCCACAAGACGUCUGGAUCAUUCGGGAGGGCAAAAAUUGCCCUCAACAACAGGGAGUACUUGUGGAUGCAGCAGUUUGUGCAAAUGAGACGAAGACUAUCAGGAUACCACCACAAUCCAGGGACAUUUUUCUUUUCCUCCUCCGGAGAGCCACUAAAAAAGCUCUGCGAGCUUGUGAGAAAAACAUGCCUGGAUUGUGGGAUGUGCAGGGGCUUCAGCGUCACAGAGAUUCGCUCUGCCGUUGCGACCUGUGCACAGAGAAACCUACCUGAUGACCAGCGCAGACUAGUGGCCCAAAUUAUGUGUCACAGUCUUACAACAGCAGAUAAGUUUUAUGUCGCCGAACUGGAAGUGAACGAUCUGCAACGGGGUCGUGCUUUUGUGAAUGAGGCCUUAGGUAUUGGUAAAAGUAAGGCAUUGAAAACCAGUACACCUUACAAGAGGCUGAGACCCCAGGUGUUGUCUUCUGAUGACGAUGACCAGGAGGGGGCAGUUGGUGUUUCGCCAGUCCUACUGCCCAGUCACAUUUUGGAGGAAGACCCUGCAUGUGAACCUCAGCAAGAAACAGAUAGUAUUGUCUACAUACCUGUUGAUUUUGGGGAAGAAGUGGUUGAGGUGACACAAGAAGAGGGAGAAGGGGAGGAAGAUCUAGAGGAAAUGGAGAAUGAUGAGGAGGAAGGUGGUGAAAAUGAGGAAGAUCUAGAGGAAAUGGAGAAAGAUGAUGAGGAAGGUGGUGAAAAUGAGGAAGAAGAUCUAGAGGAAAUGGAGAAAGAUGAGGAAGGUGGUGAAAAUGAGGAGGAAGAGAACAUUGAUUUCAACUUUGUUUUGGACGAUGACGAGGAAGAGGAAGAUAGCCCAAAGGUUCUCAGUCCACUUCCGAAAUAUGUUGAGGACAUAGAUGGAAGGAGAUUAAGAUGUAGAAGACGGCUUGUAUAUCCUGAAUCACUAAAGGCCAUGGUGAGGGAGAAAUUUAGCAGUUAUUGGAAUCAGAAAAUUACGACACAAAUCAUAAACAGUACUUUGAUGAAAAACACCCAGUUGCUACUAUCAUGCAAAGUAUUACGGUUGACCAUUGACAACUUUAGGAGCUUAGUCCAGCUCCUGCAACGACAAGAUGCAAUGACCAUGAGCGAUGAUGAUUAAGAUGUCUCCAGAACUCUUAAGUGGCAGUAGGUGUUUCAAUUAAAAAAAAACUUUUGUUUUAAAGUAAAGGUGGCAUUAUUUUGAUUAAGAAACAGAUUUGUAUUGUUUAAAUAAAAACUUUUGUUAAAUUUAAUAAAACUUGUUAUUUUAAAGCAAAGGUGGCAUUGUUUUGACCUAGAAAAUUGAUUUAUUAAAAUAAGGACUUUUGUACCUAAAUUUUAAAAACCUGCAUUUCUGUUUAAAGCCAAGCUGCCGUCAUUUUGAUUUGAGAACAGACAUCUUUUGUUUAAAUAAAGGCUAUUUUUGUUAAAUGUACAAAACUGCUAUUCCUGUUUAAUGUCAAGCUGCCAUCAUUUUUAUUUGAGAACAGAUUUCCUUAGUUUAAAUAAAGGCUAUUUUUCUUAAAUGUACAAAACUACUAUUUUGUUUAAA